AUGGCGAAAGCAGCCGCGGCCCCGGCGGCUUCUGCUCUACUGAGGCGUUCAUCUGCUUUACCUCCAUGGAUCUUCUCUAUCUUCUCUCCAAAACCCCAUAUUGUCUUCUUCUCCACUUCGCCACACGCUGGAAGCUUCGGCAUACGUAAACAUGCCCUCCGCCCAGUGGUGCCGCCAUCGGACGGCAGUGAAAUUGGCAAUGAUGAAGCAGGGCUGAAAACCAGCGGGGAUUCUGUCAAGAAGAGCCGCAAUGAGCUCAAGAAAGAGGCUCGCCGGGCCGUUCGCUGGGGGAUGGACCUUUCGACUUUCUCUCCUCCGCAAAUCAAAUACAUACUUAGGGCGGCUUCUCUCGAACGAGAGGUGGUGGAUGCCAUUUUGCUAGUAAAGAGAUUGGGUCCUGAUGUUCGAGAAGGAAGGAGGCGGCAAUUUAACUAUAUUGGAAGGCUUCUGCGGAAAGCACAGCCUGAAUUGAUGGAUGCUUUGAUUCAGGCAUCAAGAGAUGGCAAUACUAGUACGUUGCAGGACCUUACAGGUCAGGCAACAUUGCCUAUUGAUGAUAAUGAAGAUGAUGAAGAAGAUCUUGAAUAUGAGUUAGAGGAAGGUGAAAACUAUAUGGAAUUGGCAGAUAAAUGGUUUGAUGGCCUAAUUUGCAAAGAUCCAACAAUAACAAAUGAAGUCUACUCAAUUCAUUCAGUUGAUUUUGAUCGGCAGGAACUGCGCAGCCUUGUCCGACGGGCACAAUCUGUCCAACAGGAAGGAUCGCAUGCUGGUAAAAGCUGGUUGGAAGGUGAUGAUAAGUUGAACAAAUCAAAGAAGAAUCUCCUUCGCUUCUUGCGUUCAUUAGCAAAGAAAUCUUUGGCCGAAAGCAACGGAUCUUAGCUGUUAAACAUCACAUCCACUUAGUUUAUCAUUUUGUCACUGUUUAUGAAAAAGUGGAAGCAAUUGCUUGUGGUAGGAGAGAAUUUGCAUAGGGCUUCCUUGUUGAAUUUCUCCAUAUGAAAUUUGGCUCUAUUUGCUUAGUAGGAAUUGAAGGAGAGGAAAUGGUGUAGGAUUUGAAUUGAAAUUUCUUCACUUAAUUCUCUUACAACUCA